AUGUCCAACAGCAAUACCACCAGCCCCAACCCAGCAGUCGACCCCAAUCAGCCAUCGAUGGCCAUCACCAAGCGCAUUCAACCAGGUGCGUUGUCCGUCGAUAAAGGAAGCUCUCAUAGGAAUACCGCAAGACCGAUCCCAGCAUUCCUAACCAAGCUAUUCACCAUGGUGAAUGAUCCGAGCACUGAUCAUCUGAUCAAGUGGAACGAACCCAAUGGCGACUCCUUCUUUGUCGUCUCCUCAGAACGGUUCGGACGAGAGUUGUUACCCAAGUACUUCAAGCACUCAAACUUUGGAUCGUUUGUCAGGCAGCUCAACAUGUAUGGCUUCCACAAAGUACCCCAUCUCAAUCAGGGCGUGCUCCAAGGUGAAAUACCUGAGACUGAAAUGCUUGAAUUCACCAAUGCCAACUUUCAAAGAGGCCAGCCAGACCUUUUAUGCCUUAUUCAGCGCAAGAAAUCCGUCCCCGAUUCAAAUAAUCCAGCCCAAAGCGAAACUACCGAACCUGGCUCAACGCCCUUGUCAUCUAAUCCAACCAUCCCCAAUGCUGCUGAUCUUCAAGCCAUACUAGUUGAUAUCAUGUCCAUCAAGAAGCACCAGACACUCAUGUCAUCGGACCUCAAGACCCUUCAAAGCUCUAAUGCACAUCUAUGGAAAGAGGCCAUCGCCAACCGGGACAGGAUCAAACGCUGUCAAGAUACCAUCAACAAGAUCCUGGGCUUCUUGGCUCAGGUCUUUGCGGGAAAGGUCUCCAACCUCGAUGACCCUCCACUAGGCGACAGCAUGCCCGACCUAGACCGACACAGAUCACGAGCGAAAAACUCUAGAGAUCAUCAUCCCCACACGAAUAACUUCAACUACGAGUCAUCUCCUUCAAAUACUGCCCUAUCGCUCUACUCGCAAAUGCGACAUCCUAGGUUAAUGCUCGAAGACACUCAGAGACCAUCUUCUGACCCUCCCUCAGACCCGUCUCAGCCAUUAGCCGAUAAUGUAAGUAGCUUUGGAACAUCUCUGGAUAACGCUACUUCGUUACAGAAUUUGUCUUUCAACGCCAAUGAUCGAAAUAAUACCCACUCGCCUACCCCAUCUACGCGUCACACAUCAUCUACCACCUCUAGCCCUAAGCUCGGCCAAUCCACCCAAUUUCAAGAUUCGUCUAUCGAUCCCAACUUGGAAACUGCUGCAGAUGUAAUCGGAGUGAAUGGCCAAGCGGCCAAUAGCUCAGGUACUUCUACCAAAGAUCAAUCAAGCCCUGAUGCAGUAUUUCAAGCGUUGUUCAACAACAACUCAACGGGAGGCUUCAACACGAACGAAAAUCCGUUCACCGGCAUUAACUGGGCAGAACUUCUGUCCUCCAAUGGUCUGGGUGGAUUCAAUGAGGACAGCAGCGAGCCUGCGAUGAAUCCUCCCAGCCCACUGAGGAUCACAGACGGGCACAGCACACAUCCAGUCUCCCGUCCUUCGCCCUCUCCGAUGAUGGGCACGAGUACCGAUCCGGAUACCCAGCUGAUUGCAAACACUCAGAGACAAGCUAAUGGCAUCGAGAGUGUCGCGAACAGGAUGGAUAGCUUAGAAACAGCCAUCGAGAAACUCGUUAGCAAUCUUCCCGAUCAGAUGGAUGAUUUUCUGAACCCCAACGAAUUGCAGAAGGCGGAUCAAAAUGGCAACCCCUUCAGUGCAUCUCAGCUCUCGGCCGCAGAAGUCGCCUCUGACGCCCCGGCAGAUUUCGAUGCGGAUGCGUUUUUGAGAACCUUGAACGGAUUGCAGACUCGGCCGGAUGCCACUGCAGCGACUCACGGGAAUGAUCAGCCGGACUCGCACGCUCGAAGCCAACCGAGCGAGUCGUUGGAUACGCUGGAUAUCGAGAAGUUCCUGGACGAAUGGACGUGUCAAGACCCGAGCCGUAUACUAUCGGGGCUGACCCCGUUGGUCUCGCCGGCACCGACACCGCGACUGGAGCUCAACGAUAGUGGGGCCCGGCUGGCCGGCACGAACGGGGGGCUGGCCGGGACGUUCCCAGACCCGACGGCGGCGUCGUCGUCGGCUACAACUAGGCCGCUCACGGCUAUCGAGGGCCAGGGUCCGAAGAGCGCAGGCUCAGUCGUCUUCGACUUCAACGACGACGACCAUCUCCGUCGGAUCAUGUCCAGCAAGAAAUCCCCCACAAACCAGCGACCCGGACUCGCCUUCCCCCAUCCCGCCGGCCCCACAACAUCCACCCCGCAUCCGCCCUGUAAACGAUUGCUCGACGAUCUCGGGCCCCAGCCACCUCUCCAUCACCUUCUCUCUAACCAUUUCAACCCACCCCCUUCAUCUUCUGCUCCUUCUAAUCCGAUCUCCUCCUCUCACCUUCUCCACAAUAAAAGGACUCGUUUAUAG